GCUGUCGCGGGAUCCUCGAAAAAGCAUGGCUUUUGGACUUUGCUCAAAAUUUCAAAAUUCAUCGUUUAAACGUGCGAUUUUAUUGUUGUUUUCUCGCUCAAACAUACGAAAUAUCCCAGCACAAGUUUGGAGGAGGUAUUCAAGUGUUGUUAAAGAUGAUUCUUCAGUUUGCAAGGUGCUUUAUUUAAAUAGUUCUGGGUCAGACAAUAGAUCAUAUACCGGUCAGACAGCAAGAGAAUUUCUUGCGAAAUAUACUCAAAUAUAUCCGGAACAUUUAAUAGAAGAAAUCAAUCUCUGGGAUGAGAAUUUACUUAGUUUUGGUUUGUCUCAUGUUGAAAGUAAAAUGAGAAUUGCGUCUGGUCAGAACUUGCCUGAAGACAAAUUAAAACUUUUAGUUGUUAAAGAGAUGACCUCACAACUCCUAGCUGCUAAUAAAGUCAUAAUCAGCUGCCCAAUGUGGAAUUAUAGCAUACCGUAUGUACUGAAGCAAUACAUUGACUGUGUUGUACAGUCUGACCUAACUUUCUAUGACACAGCAAAUGGACCUGAAGGGCUUGUUACUGGCAGACCAUUACUACUAAUUACUUCAUCAUCUUCGGAUUUUUCUAAUGAGCCAAUGAAAUCUUUGGAUUUUCAAGUGCCAUAUUUGAAGGCUAUUUUUGGGUUCAUUGGCUUUCGAGAUUUCUACCAUAUAUAUAUUGGGAAUACAAGACAUUUCAGGAGAGAGGAAUUGAUAAGUUUCGCAAGGAAGAGAAUCCAGGAGGAAGUUCACAAGUUUUAGGGAUCAUUUUUAGGCCAUCAACGAGUAAAAUUUAUUGUUUAUUUGUGGAUGGCAGAAAAAUAAAAGAUAAGGUCCAUUUAUAUGGUAGAAAAUAUUUUGAGAACUAUAAAAGACAAGACUUACCAGAUACAAAAAACUAACGUCAAUUGUGACUUGAAUAAGUUCAUAUGACACUAUUUGUAUUUUUAUUGAACUUUUGCAUCUUUUUAAAGUUUUGAAAUAGGUGGGACACAACAUAUUUU